AUGCAGAUGACAGUUGGGAGACUUGGGCAGUUUGUGGGGCUGCUGGCAGCAGAACACAGCAGAACAAUGCUUGAACAGAACCUGGCGCUCGACCCCUCCGACCCCAGCCGGCCACUCUGGCACAGAACCCUUUGCAACCUCAUUGCUCCACCGCUCCAGAGUCGCCACCGCGCCUGCCGCUGCCAGGACCACCCCGGGUCCCCCUCGCAAGUGCGCCAAAACUACCACCAAGACUCGAAGGCUGCCAUCAACCCCCAGAUCAACCUGGAACUGUACGCCUCCUAUCUGUCUUGCUACUUCGACCGGGAUGACAUGACCCCGAGGAACUUUGCCAAAUACUUUUUCCAUCAUUCCCAUGAGGAGAGGGAGCAUGCGGAGAAACUGAUGAAGCUGCAGAGCCAACGAGGCUGCCGGAUCUUCAUGCAGGGUACCAAGAAACCAGACCGUGAUGACUGGGAGAGCCGGCUGAACGCAAUGGAGUGUGCACUGCAUUUGGAAAAGAGUGCGGAUCAGACACUACUGGAACUGCACAAACUGGCCACUGACAAGAAUGAUCCUCAGUUGUGUGACUUCAUUGAGACCCAUUACCUGAAUGAGCAGGUGAAAUCCAUCAGAGAACUGGGUGACCACGUGACCAACUUACGCAAGAUGGGGGCCCCUGAAACUGGCAUGGCAGACUAUCUCUUUGACAAGCACACCCUGGGACACAGUGAGAGCUAAGAUGUCCUCCCCAAAGCCACCAGUGACGUCACUGGUCACUCAGGCAGUGCACGCAUGUCGGGCUGCCCUUACCUUUUCAAGAAGUCCACCAAAACAUCUGCUUAAGUUCUUUAAUUUGUACCAUUUCUUCAAAUAAAGAAUUUUGGUACC